CACACCAUGGCACUGCUGCUGAUUAGCUUGGCUCUCUCUGUGGGCUCAGCCGUAGGUUUCUAUGGGGGGUCUUUGACUUUCACGCCAGGAAAAAGAUAUCCAGAUGGAUUAUUGGAGAUGAACUUUUACUACAGAGAGUCCAAUAGGGGGCCUUGUGGGUCUUAUCUUAACUGGGUCUGUGAGAGUGGAGGCUGUAGCUACCUCCCAUACACAUCACUGAUCACAGAUGUGGUGACAGAUCAGGACCAAGAUCAAAACCUGUGGUGCCAGUCGGAGGGCCACAUGACCACCAACGUCACCAACAAUGGCCCCUUCAUUCUGGGUGACUCUGGUUGUUGCUGGGAAAAUAAUGUUCAUGAUGUUGGUGGAUGGACGUUUCACACUCGUGUUGACACAGGACAACGGUCGGACACUCAGUCUCCAAACAGAUCUCCUGUUUCGGCAGCAGUAUCAACUAUAAGGGUUCCUCAGAACUGUUUCCAGAGCUUUCCGCUGAUGGCCCAUGACCCAGAUGGAGAUGUUGUGAGAUGCAAGUUUAGCGAGGCCAACUGCUCAUCGUGUCAUCAACACCAAAACAUACAUCUUGAUGAGGGCUCAUGCACACUGCACAGAAACGGUUCAAUGGCUCUUGGUCUGCAUGUGUUCGAGCUAAUGCUGGAGGAUUAUCCUGUUUCAGACAUCACUGUGACAGACGGAAAUGGGGUCUCCUCAGUCAGUAGUGCUUUUAAUCUGACUGUCAACACUAACCCAACUUCACUUAGCCGAGUGCCUCUGCAGUUUGGAGUUGAGAUUCUUCCGCCAGUUCAGGGUUGUGUACCAGGUGUGAACAAGCCAAGUUUCUUGACACCGACUCCCUUGCAUGGAGAGGAACAUCAUGCCGCUGUGGGACACGCUCAUGAGAUCACCCUUCGAGCCCAAAGCUCGGACAUCAGCAUCUUUGACUUCCAAGUCAGUGGCCCCUCUAAUAUGUCUAAAACCCUGAGAAAUGAGGAUCAUGGGGUUACCGUGGCAACACUAAGCUGGACGCCACAGGAAAUGGAUCUGUAUCGUCACGUACCUGUGUGUUUCACAGCAGAGACCCUUCACAGCCAAUCAGAGAUGAGAUGCAUUGUUGUGGUUGUGGCAAAAUCGAAGGUUCUAUCAGGUGAAGCAGAGGUAUCCUGUGGGGAUAACAGUAUUAGCAUUGUAGUAAGUAAAGCAUCCAUGGAGGCCAUUGACCAGAACUGGCUCCAACUGAGAGAUCCCACCUGCUCUCUUACCUCAAAUGAAACCCACAUCCUGGGCACAAUGUCUCUCAACACCUGUGGCACUACAGUGGAGGACUCUGGAGAUUUCAUGGUCUUCAAAAAUGAGAUCAACUCCUUUGAGAACACGAAUGCUGUCAUCACCAGACAUAAUCAAGUAAAGAUUGGCUUCUCCUGCCAAUAUCCCAAAAUAGCCAGCGUCUCCAGCCACUAUGUCAACCACAAGUCUGACUACAUCUUCACUGAAUCCAGCUUUGGCACUUUUGGUUACUCAUUUGAAGUUUUCACAGACAACAACUUCAAUAGUCAGGUAGAUCCCAAACUGUAUCCAGUGGAGGUGAAGCUCAUGGAGAUGCUCUACAUGGGCAUUGAAGCCCAUUCCGCUCUCCCAGAGGUCAAACUCUUUGUCGAGUCCUGCAGGGCCACUCCAGAAGACAAUCCAUACAGUGUCCUCUAUUACGACAUCAUCAAAGACGGGUGCAUUUUGGAUGAUACAGUCAAGGUGUAUUCAAACAAUUCCACAAAGUACGACUUUGAAAUCCAAGCUUUCAAGUUCACAGGCGGCUUCGAUGAGGUGUACAUAAGCUGCUCUGUGAUUCUGUGCGCGGAAGGAAGCCCAAACUCCAGAUGUGCCCAAGGCUGUCUUCAGCAAACCUCACACAAGCGCAGACGAGAUCUGAACCAAGAAACAGCCAUGCACUACAUCACACAGGGUCCCUUGCGUGUGCUUAGACAAACGCACAAUUCUGCUGCAGAAAAAGGAGGAUCAGAACAUGUCAGUACAAGCACUGGUGUCUUUGCAGGACUCUUCAUUGUCUCCAUUGUGGCACUAAUUGGGCUUUUGGUAUAUAAUGCCAAAAAAUCAAAAGCACUUGACCGCAUGCAUCUAUUGUCUGCUUUCUGAGAUCAUUUAAUGCGCACAAACAACACCAAGGUUAAAGAAGUCUUUCCAGUUACAGUAAAUUGAACAGUACAACAAUAGCUUUGGGGUGGCUUGUGUUGUCCUAUUGCUUUCUGUAUGUUGCCUAUUAUUAUUUUACACUGUUGUAUUUCCUUCUUUUCUUUUUGGGGCAGUGAUAAGGAAAAUAAAAUAUAAACUUUAUGUAAAACUACAUAUAAAAUUUCUGUAUUCUUGAAAUAAA